AUGGACAUCAAGAACCCACGGCGUAUUCUUGCCAUUGGCGCGCCCGAGGCAGGUGUACUUCCACUGCUGAAAGAGCUCACCGGUUCCGCCCCCGAACCAACGUCCGAAACCACUGCCGGCCUUACGCACGAAUGGCGUCUGGAAACCAAAUACUACACUGCAACCCUUCCUAUUUGGAUCGAUGAGCUCGCCAACGUCGCGGAAUGGCGCACCGAAUUCACCAAGCCCGAAGCUCGCGAAGUCGUCACCGCGCUCGGUGCAUGGAUAUACUGCUUUAAGAAGCCAGUCGAAAUAAAGGAUCUAGAUGUGAUCAAAGAGACCAUGCAGGCCGUAUCCGAUGUUAUCGAGCGCGCAUGUGGCUACGGCGGCGACAUGGUGUGUCUGGCUGUUGCGAUGCCGCAAUCCAUCACGCCCUACCUUGAGAAGAGUCAUGAAGAAUGGGAAGAGCUCGCCAUGGACUAUGGUUUUGAAUACGUCGACUCUGAGAAGAAGGGGAAAAACGAGUUUGGAGAGGCGACAGGGGUACACCGAGUUCGGGAAGCGCUCGAGGCUGGGGAAUGGGAGAGCAUGGCAGAUCUGGACAUGGGCGGCGACGAAGACGGCUUCGAAGGCAGUUUUGCAGCAGAAGAGGCGGAGAUGAACAUGGAGCUGUUUGGCAUGAAAGGUGCGCUGGCUGGGUUUGACGACGAUGAAGGUCAGGGAUCAGGGGACAAAGAGGUUGAAGAGCUGGAGGUGAUGAUGCAGAAAAUGGUUGCUAUCAAGGAGAUGGGCGAGGGCAUGGAAGAGGCCGAGCGAAAACGUUUCGCUGCGAAAGCAGUGAACGAUCUGCUAAAGGAUUAUUGA